AUGUAUCUUUCCAUAUUAUUGACGUUGCUCGCCCUAACGAGUACCUUUGGACAUCCACAAGCAGUACCUGCAGGAGUGGCGUCUCCGCUUAAUCCAUACUACGCGGGUCGUAACUCUCUCGCUUCCCGUUACAGCCCCUAUUAUAACCCAGCCAGUGCCACUGUACCCAUUCUAACCUAUUCAAGCAACCAGGGAAUCGAUGGCAGCUACGAUUUCAGUUUUACGACGGGCGAUGGCAAACAAGCUCAAGAAACUGGAUAUCUAAAGAGUGCCUACAUAGACAACACUGGUGCUCCUCAAGGGGCUCAGGUUAAAGAAGGCAGUUUCAGCUAUGUCUCUCCAGAAGGUACUCCUAUUCAAUUAAACUACGUAGCAGAUGAAAAUGGUUUCAGGCCUCUCGGUUUUCAUAUACCAGCAGAUGGAAGAGGAGUUGUACCAGCUGGCUUACUAGAUACUAUAAAAGGAUCACAAGCAUAUGACCCUCGUUAUAAUCUCUACGAUCCAUAUAACGGUAAUCUAGCACAUAGACAGUACAAUCCUCUAAAGCCUUAUGAUGCCAGAUAUCCUACUGAUCCUAAUUAUUAUAAUCCUUAUAAUCCUUAUAGAUCUGCCUACAAUACUGCCUACAAUAAUAUUGCAAAGGGAGUUCAAAAAAUUACCAAU